AGCUUAAGCUAUAAGUUUUGAGAUAACUUUAAAUAUCUUUAUUAAUGAAACGAAAUGAUGAGAGAUAGUAACACGAAUUUGUUAAACCGGAAUAUAUCCCAAUUUCAAAAUUGAGAAACGAAAAGAAAGAGAGAGAGAGAGAGAGGGAGGAACAAAUAAUUGAAUUGAAUCAUCAGCGGCUUAAUCUUUUUUCUCAACUUGAAAACUCCCAAUCGAUUAAAGGCAGGGCCGACAGGUACGGUUAUUUACUUCCUACUCUCUCUGUUAGUGAUAAUUAGUGUAGGUUAAGUAUAGUUGAACACCAGCCCUAGUUAAUUAAUUAGAGGAUCAUCAACAUGAAACGGAAACUCGGAGUAGAAUCAGAAGAAGCAAUGCGAGAUGGCAUGAUCCAAUUAUUUGUUAGGACCUUUUCAGCAUCAUCAUCAUCCAAUUAUAAUAAUAAUAGUUGUUAUUAUAAUAAGCAUAGCAGCAGGAGCCUGGUGGUGUUUGGCAAGCCUGAUGAUACCAUAGAAUCCAUCCAAGUGAAAAUCGAAGCAGCGACAGGUAUCCCGGUGAGUUUCCAAAGGUUAAUGUAUGCAGGAAAACAGCUUGGUUCUGAGCAUACAUUGCGUCAAUCAAAUAUCACUAAUAACGACUCCUCCUUACAUUUAGUAGCCCGAACGGGGGCAAGAACCCAUCAUCCUCAUGCCGCUCGCCUCGUCAAUGAUUUGCUUUCCUUUGUUUACAGGUUGCGUAGUAGUACUAGUAAUAGUAACCGCCGCCACAUUGAUAAUCUCCUCGACCUCUUGGACUCCAAGCUUAAGGAAUUCUCUUACAACGCUUUUUCGUCCUACAUAUACCAUGCUUCUGUUUAUGUCAAUAUCUUCCGUUCUUAUGGUGCCCCUGAAGCGCUUGUUCUGCUUUACAUGUCUCCUCCUCACAAACGAUCUGCUCUACAUUCCCUUCAGUCUUUUAUCAUUUCCGUUUCCAAUCGUUUCUAUCCGGUCUUUACGCCUCUCCUCUUACACUUUUCCAAACUGCUCUUCUCUUCUGUUGCUCAUGAUGACCCUUUCUACUUAUUCUGUCGUACUCGUCUUGGAUACAUGCUCACCUCUGUUUCCAUCUCCUCCUCCCCCCCACGCCCAUACAGUGAUGAUGAAUAUAAGCAGGUGGACGUCAUUUCAGCUCAUGACUUGCUUCCGUUUGUAUAUCAGAUUGCCACUAAUUUGUCACCCUCCUCAAUGAAUUUUGACCGUGACUUCAAUGAUUUUACUAACUUUGUCACCCCUAUCAAGAAGUUGAUCCUUCUUCGCCAGGUCCCUCCUGUUCAGACUCCCAUACACUCACUACCAAUGCACUACUACACUAACUUCCACCCCAACCCCCACCCUUUCUACAUCCGCGACUUCCUUUUUACCAUCUUUCUCGUUCUGUUUUCAGAAAUGAAAGCCUGCCUCAACAAAGUGGAGGAGCAUAUAAAGGCCGGGAAACGCCAAGUAGACAUGAAUAAUAUUGGAUGGGAUCACUGUCUCUCUUUUUUGACCCAAGUGUAUCACAUUGCUAAAAUGUAUCAGGGUGCGGAGGAAACCUUUAUCACGGAUAUGAGGCUUAAUUACAAGGUUUCUUUGUGUUAUCUCAUAGUUAGAUAUGCCAAGAGAGGUGUGGAUUACAAUUGGAUUCUUCAGCGUAAGGAUCUCACUGACUUUCAGUCUAGGAGACAUUUGGUUAUGUUGUUACUUCCAGAGCUCAAGAAUGACUACUAUGACAACGUUCAUGAGAUGCUUAUUGACAGAUCACAAUUGUUGGCUGAAUCUUUUAACUAUAUUUUAGCAGCAAAGACUGAUGCAUUGCGCGGUGGCUUAUUCAUGGAGUUCAAAAAUGAGGAAGCUACCGGCCCUGGUGUAUUACGCGAAUGGUUUUUAUUGGUGUGCCAAUCUAUCUUUGAUCCCCAUAAAGCUCUCUUCAUCCCUUGCCCCAACGAUCGAAGAAGAUUCUUUCCUAAUCCAGCAUCAAAGGUGGACCCAAUGCACCUUGAUUAUUAUCAAUUUGCAGGCAGGGUAAUCGCCCUAGCCUUGAUGCAUAAAAUGCAAGUUGGCAUUGUAUUUGACCGAACAUUCUUCUUGCAAUUGGCUGGAGUUGAUAUCUCGUUGGAUGAUGUAAAGGAUGCAGAUCCAUACUUGUAUAGUAGCUGCAAGCAGAUAUUGGAUAUGGAUCCUUGUGCAGUGGAUGAAGACACCCUUGGUCUAAGUUUCGUUUGGGAGUUUGAAGAGUUAGGGUCCAUGAAACUUUUGGAGCUUCUCCCUAAUGGAAAACACAUUCCUGUGAAUAGCAGAAAUAGGAAGGAGUACAUUCAUCUUCUAAUUAGACAUCGAUUUGUGACGUCUGUUACCCAGCAGGUAACUCGGUUUGCUCAAGGAUUUACAGAUAUUGUUACAAAGGAUGAAACCCGUAAAUUGAUUUUCAAGAGCUUAGAGGUUAGAGACCUUGACGGGAUGUUGUAUGGGAGUGGAAGUGAUAUCUCUGUCGACGAUUGGAAGGCACAUACAGAAUAUAUGGGAUAUAAAGUUACUGAUCGCCAAAUAAAAUGGUUCUGGAAGAUUGUUGGGGAGAUGACAGCAGAGCAACGGAAGGUUCUUCUCUUCUUCUGGACAUCUGUGAAGUAUCUACCUGUAGAAGGUUUCCGUGGUUUAGCUUCAAAGCUAUACAUUUGCCGAUCAAUUGAGAAAGUGAACCGCCUGCCUUCUUCUCACACAUGCUUCUACCAAAUAUGUUUUCCUGCUUACCCAUCAAAGGCUGUCAUGCAACGAUGCCUAAAUACUAUCGCUCAGGAGCACAUUGGCUGCAGCUUUGGAACAUGUUGAAUCAGUUUCUUCUUAGACAUCUUGUGCUUAGUUAUGUACAGAAUUUAGGUUAUAUUAACAUGAUACUGUUUCAUUAGACUUCAUGAUGCUUCUUUUUCUGACCUUCAGUCAUAGGUCUUACGCCCGAGAUGUCCAAGUGUCCAACUGUCUAUAUUUGAUGUGUAUCCAACUUAUAUGACCCUUUUUUGUUCGCUAAAUAUAAUUUGUACGUUUCUUUUUCGCA